GUGUCUCCCCGAGAGCAGGGUGUGGCCAGUGGUCCAGCCGGUCACUCGCGGAUGGCCAGCCCGUCCUGACCCGGGAGACUUAACCCCACUCUCCACCAUGCCUGCAGGCCGGGUGGGCUGAGGGUGCGGAACACCCCGAGACCGCAGCCCCUGGCGGAGCUCAGAGCAGGCUUGGGGAGGUUCUGCGGCUCCCGGCUGUCAACGCCCGCCGCCCUCCCUGCCUCACUUCCUCCCGCAGCCCCCGCCGCCCCGGAGGCACGGGAUCCCGGCGGGUCCGCAGCCCCGGCCGCCACGCCCUGGCCUCGGCCCGCGGGGCCCCAGCCAGACCUCUUACCCCAACCCAGGACUGGGAAGAAGGAGGGAAGGAGGAGCCUCUGACAACUCGGUCUCCACUGAGGUUUGAGCCAGACAGAGCAGCCUCCUCCCCUUAGGAUGGCCUCGUCCUCCAGCUCUCCCACUUUCAGGCUCCAGACAUCAGACGGAGGCCAAGAAGAUGGCACUGAGGCGGACAAAGGAAAGCUGGGCCUUGGGGACGGGCCGCCCCCCAUGGAGUCACCAUUCCAGAGCGAAGACCGGAACUGCCCCCCUCAGAUCAAAGUGAACCUCAACUACCGCAAAGGAACGGGUGUCAGGCCAGCAGGGCAUACAGCCUCUGACAGUCUGUGGGUACCUCCUGUGGUCCCAUCCCCACCUGGACUCCCGCUCAAGAGCAUGACAGGUUCCUGUGCUGAAAUCCUCUCUGGGAUAAUGAGCCUGUUCCAGCCAGACCCAAAACGCUUUGACCGUGACCGGCUCUUCAGCGUGGUGGCCCGGGGCGUCCCCGAGGAUCUGGCUGGGUUAGCAGAGUACCUGUCCCGGACCAGCAAGUACCUCACCGACUCAGAGUACACAGAGGGCUCCACGGGUAAGACGUGCCUGAUGAAGGCCGUGUUGAACCUUCGGGAUGGGGCCAACGCCUGCAUCCUGCCGUUGCUGCAGAUUGACCGGGACUCUGGCAAUCCCCAGCCCCUGGUCAAUGCCCAGUGCACGGAUGAGUACUACCGAGGCCACAGCGCCUUGCAUAUUGCCAUUGAGAAGAGGAGCCUGCAGUGUGUGAAGCUCUUGGUGGAGAAUGGGGCCAAUGUGCAUGCCCGGGCCUGUGGCCACUUCUUCCAGAAGAAGAGCCAAGGGACUUGCUUCUACUUCGGCGAGCUGCCCCUCUCUCUGGCCGCGUGCACCAAGCAGUGGGAUGUGGUGACCUACCUCCUGGAGAACCGGCAUCAGCCUGCCAGCCUGCAGGCGGCCGACUCACUGGGCAACACUGCCCUGCACGCCUUGGUGAUGAUCGCAGAUAACUCGGCCGAGAACAGUGCGCUGGUGAUCCGCAUGUACGACGGGCUCCUCCGAGCCGGCGCCCGCCUCUGCCCCACAGUGCAGCUCGAAGACAUCCCCAACCUGCAGGGCCUCACGCCCCUGAAGCUGGCCGCCAAGGAGGGCAAAAUCGAGAUUUUCAGACACAUCCUGCAGCGGGAGUUCUCAGGGCUGUGCCAGCCACUUUCCCGGAAGUUUACCGAGUGGUGCUAUGGGCCUGUCCGGGUGUCGCUGUAUGACCUGGCCUCUGUGGACAGCUGGGAGGAGAACUCAGUGCUGGAGAUCAUCGCCUUUCAUUGCAGAAGCCCGCACCGACACCGGAUGGUGGUUUUGGAGCCGCUGAACAAACUGCUACAGGCGAAAUGGGAUCUGCUAAUCCCCAGAUUCUUCUUCAACUUCCUGUGUUACUUGAUGUACAUGUUCCUCUUCACUGCUGUUGCCUACCACCAGCCCGCCCUGGAGAAGGCCUUCCUCUCCCUGAAAGUGACUGGAGGCUCCAUGCUGCUGCUGGGCCACAUCCUGAUCCUGCUUGGGGGCGUCUACCUCCUCGUGGGCCAGCUGUGGUACUUCUGGAGACGCCGUCUGUUCAUCUGGAUCUCGUUCCUGGACAGCUACUUUGAAAUCCUCUUCCUGAUUCAGGCCCUGCUCACGGUGGUGUCCCAGGUGCUGCGUUUCCUGGCCGUCGAGUGGUACCUGCCCCUGCUGGUGUCCUCGCUGGUGCUGGGCUGGCUGAACCUGCUUUACUACACACGUGGCUUGCAACACACGGGCAUCUACAGUGUCAUGAUCCAGAAGGUCAUCCUGCGGGACCUACUCCGCUUCCUGCUGGUCUACUUAGUCUUCCUUUUCGGCUUCGCUGUAGCCCUGGUGAGCUUGAGCCGGGAAGCCCUGGACUCCGGGGUCCCCACGGGCCCCAAUGUCACGGAGGCAGCACAGCCUGGGGUGGGACGGGAGGACGAGGGGGGCAGCUCGUCCCCAUACGGUGGCAUCCUGGACGCCUCCUUGGAGCUCUUCAAGUUCACCAUCGGCAUGGGGGAGCUGGCCUUCCAAGACCAGCUGCGUUUCCGCGGCGUCGUGCUGUUGCUGCUGCUGGCAUACGUGCUGCUCACCUACAUCCUGCUGCUCAACAUGCUCAUCGCCCUCAUGAGCGAGACCGUCAACAGUGUCGCCACCGACAGCUGGAGCAUCUGGAAGCUGCAGAAAGCCAUCUCUGUCCUGGAGAUGGAGAAUGGCUACUGGUGGUGCAGAAGGAAGAAGCGGCGGGCAGGCGUGAAGCUGGCCGUUGGCACCAGGCCAGAUGGCAGCCCUGAUGAGCGCUGGUGCUUCCGGGUGGAGGAAGUGAACUGGGCCGCGUGGGAACAGACGCUGCCAACCGUGUGUGAGGAGCCAGCAGGGCCUGGCGUCCCUGGCACCGUGAAGAAGCCUGUCCUGGCCGUCCAAGCGGAGGAGGACACCGCCUCGGAGGAUGACCACCUGCCCCUCCAGCUCCUGGAGUCCUGCUGAUGUCCUGCCCAGAUGCAGGACAGAGCCAGGGAAUCUCUCCAGCCCUACCUGCUGGCUCUGGGGCUCCAGGGAACUUCGCUGGCAAAUAUAAAUAAAUAUUUUCUCACGA